ACGACGACGAAGAAGAAGAGAUCGAAGGAGGAAACCGACGGACUGACUGACUGACUGCGGCGCCAUGGAGACGCUGAGCAUGCUCAAGGUCGGGUACACCCUGCUGCGGAGCGAGACGCCGGCGACGGACCUCGUCAACGCCUUCAUGGACUGGGCGGCGCGCCGCUCGCUGCUCCUCCUCGCCGUCUUCAUGCCGCCCUACUGCGCCUACAGGCUCGCCUCCUCCGCGCUCGCCGCCGCCGCGCCCGAGGACGUCGCCGGAAAGGUCGCCCUCGUCACGGGGGCCUCCUCGGGCAUCGGCGAGCAGGUCGCGUACCGGUACGCGAGGAGAGGGGCCAGGCUCGCGCUGGUGGCGAGGAGGGAGGCCAGCCUGCGGGAAGUCGCCGCCAGGGCUCGGGAGCUCGGCUCCCCCGACGUGCUCGUCGUCCCCGGCGACGUCGCGAGGCCCGACGACUGCCGGCGGUUCGUCCAGGCCACGGUCGAACACUUCGGCCGCCUGGAUCAUCUUGUGAACAAUGCUGGCUUGGCCAACGUGUGCUGGUUCGAGGAUGUGCCGGAUGUAGCUAAUUUCAAGCAAGUUUUGGAUGUGAACUUCUGGGGCACAGUUCACCCGACACACGCCGCCCUCCCCCAUCUCAGGGAGAGCGGCGGCAAGAUCUUCGUGAACUCGUCGGCGGCGGCGGAGCUCGCCAUGCCAAGGAUGAGCUUCUACAAUGCGAGCAAGGCCGCCGUCCUCAGCUUCGCCGAGACGCUGCGGGUGGAGCUCCACGGCGAGGUCGGCGUGACGGUGGCGACGCCAGGGUGGGUCGAGUCGGAGAUGACGAAGGGGAAGCACCUGUCCGGCCAUGGCGCAGUCGAGGUCGACCAAGACGUGAGGGAUGCUCAGGUGGGGGUGUUCCCGGUGGAGCGCGGCGAGCGGUGCGCGGAGGCGAUCGUCGACGCGGUCGCGCGCGGGCGGCGGCGGGUCACCGUGCCGGCGUGGUACAGGGCGCUGUUCCUGUGGCGGGCGGUGGCGCCGGAGGUGGCGGGCGCCUGCCAGCGCCUGUUCUACCGGCGGAGCUCCGGCGGCGGCGGCCCGAUGAGGGCGAGGAGGGCGCUGGAGGCCACCGGCGCCAAGGCCGUGCUGCAGCCGCCGUCGCUGCGCAGCCCGGAGAUCAAGAUGGAGUAGUCGACGACGACGACGAAGGCGGUGGCUUCUUGCAUGCUGCUGGCUGCACGUUUGAUGCUGGGGGAAAAGAAUAAAAUGUGGUUAAAAAUAUGUACGCGCCUGUAGUAUCUAUC